CUGUUACAAAGACGUACGGACAUUUCGACUCGAAACAUUUGAAGAAUUCUAUGAUUGAUUGAUUGAUCUUUCGAUAUUAUAGGUACCAGAUGUUCUUGACAGCCAUAGGCGCGGCGGUGUCGGUGAGACAAAACUUAGGCCAAAUACCUCCACUCCGCACAACCGGACGAAUCGAUAUUUAUUGACUAACAAUUUGGCCAACAAAUAACUACCUCGAAUCUGAACCCUUACCGUACUCAAACCCUCUUAGCUUAUUUCUACUAUAUCUUCUCAGUAUCGCACCGUGGAAUCUACUUGAACUCACUAAAACUCACCAUCUUACUUCGAAUCCUUGUUUUGUGCUCCACAUUCUUAUCAGAUUCAACCUCUCAGAUAGCACCGCACAGCACAGCACAGCACAGCACAGCACAGCACCGCACAGCACCGCACAGCACAUGCAAAGCUAUAGCUAGAAAUCAAAGCCCCGACACACCUCUCAACUCACACCUGAAUCUAUCAAAAUGAACGCCAUGGAGGCAGAGAAAGCUUAUUACCACUCGAUUCCCUGGUGUUCAGAAAUCCUUACUAGUUCCAAUGUCAUCAUACUACCUUCGUGGAUGCGGGAGUAUAAAGACGACACCUCCGAUUCCCUCUUGGCCUCGACGAUGAAAACUCCUGAUACCAUUAGCCACUGGUUGACAUUUUACAACAAACCCGAUGCCGACUCUACCCUCAUCAAACAGGUCAAUGCCUUCAUAACCUUUGGGACUGGUCUUAAUGGCUAUCCAAAUAUAGUCCAUGGAGGUGUAAUUGCUACUGUUAUGGAUGAGUUGAUGGGCAGUGUGAUGGUAUUGAAUAAACGGUGGGGCGGUAUCCCGGACAUGGGUAUGAAUGUCGCGGCAAAUUUGAACUUAACCUAUUUGGGGCCAAUCACCACACCGCAGACCGUCUUCGUCAGUGCUUUAUUUAAGGAAAUGAAUGGUCGGAAAGUUUUGCUUCAUGCAGCAGUGAAGGAUGCUUCGGGAUUUGUUUUGGCAAAAGCUGAAGGUCUAUGGGUUGGACUGAAUAGGCCGAGGGAGAAAUUGUAAUGGAACGAGAGGAAAUUUCGGUUGGGGUUCUUGUUUUGUGGUUAACCAAUUUCAUUGUCACGAGCUUUUGAACUCGAAAACAACCUCCCCCUAAUCUCGACAUCUCUGCGGAAACAAGAUCCUGCCAGAGUUAUAAUGCAAGGGGUAGAACUGGAAGAUAAUAAGAAUGUUAGGUCAAUUUCGUUGAUAAAACCAAAAGAUAUAGAAGAAAGGUUUAGACUUCAUCCAGGUUUUGAAGUAAUAUGGCGUUAAGCACACUACCUCGAGAUUGCGGCCCCAAACCCUCUAUUGCCUCCCACAAGGGGAUAGUCAAGCCCGAAUUAUCUCAAUUUUAUAUUUU